UGUUGUGUGGCAACACUGAAAUUGAUACUGAAAUUGAGGAUGUGCGUACUGGCGUCGUACCGAGAAGGGGAAUAAUAAUCAAAAUUGAACCAAACGCCAGUGUCUGCGUCUCCAGCUGCGGUCACCUGUCAUCCUCCCGAUCGAUUGCCCUCAAUCUGAUAUUAGACAGAAACGCAAUCGAGGAGUGGGCACACUCAGCACUUUAACAUGGCCGCCGCCUCCUCCUCCUCCUCCUCCGCCGCCUUAUCAUCAUCCUCCACGUCCUCCUUGGAUGCCUUGCACCAGGCUACAUAUGUGGAUUUUGAAGAGAUAACACUGGCCGAGAAAGUCGGCCAUGGAUCCUAUGGUGUUGUCUGCAAGGCCGUUUGGCGAAAUCAGCUUGUUGCCGUCAAGGAAUUCUUUGCCAGCGCCGAGCAGAAGGAUAUCGAAAAGGAGGUCAAACAGCUGUCGCGCGUCAAACAUCCGAAUAUUAUUGCUCUGCACGGCAUCUCAUCGUGGCACCAAUCCACCUAUCUUAUUAUGGAAUACGCCGAGGGUGGAUCUCUACACAAUUUUCUGCAUGGCAAGGUCCAGCCGGCCUACUCCUUGGCCCACGCCAUGAGCUGGGCCCGUCAGUGCGCUUUGGGCCUAGACUAUUUGCAUGCCAUGACGCCCAAACCAUUGAUUCAUCGUGAUGUCAAACCCUUAAAUCUGCUACUCACCAACAAGGGACGCAAUCUGAAAAUUUGUGAUUUUGGCACUGUGGCCGAUAAGAACACCAUGAUGACCAACAAUCGUGGCAGCGCCGCCUGGAUGGCACCCGAGGUCUUCGCUGGCUCCAAAUAUACAGAAAAGUGCGAUAUAUUCAGUUGGGCCAUUGUCCUCUGGGAAGUCUUGUCGCGUAAGCAGCCAUUCAAGGACAUUGACAAUGCUUACACCAUACAAUGGAAAAUCUAUAAAGGCGAACGACCACCCUUAUUAACCACAUGCCCCAAACACAUUGAAGACCUGAUGAUCGAUGGCUGGAAAACAGCUCCAGAAGAGCGUCCAUCCAUGAAAUAUAUUGUGGGCGUUAUGAAUGAGAUUGUCAAAGACUAUCAAGGUGCCGAUAAGGCAUUAGAAUAUACAUUUGUGAAUCAACAGAUUGUAACCAAAGAGAGCGAUGGCACUGUCGGUGCUCAGAAUGAUAGUUUGAGUUCUAGUGAUCUGAGUUUGGUGGCCUCAGCCACUCAGUUAACUCCAACAAAUCUAUCCCAUAUAAAUGCAAAUUUAACAGCAACAACAACAACGACAACAACUAGCUCAACAACCACAAAUACCUCAACAUCCAUAACAGAUCGUACACCAACCAAUUCAGGACAAUUUGAUGCUGCCGCUGCUAAUGGUGGAGCACUCUUCCAUAUGAGUAGCAAUCGCUGGGAUGCCAUACCCGAGGAGGAUAGCCAAUCUGAACGAAGCCCCAAUGACAGUUUCAAUCUAACCGCAUCUGUAGAAGCCACACAACGUUUAGAAACAAUACGAAAUGGCAUGAUACAAAUGGCCUCCAUACCCAUGGAGCAACUAACAUUGGAUGUGACAGCGAAUGGCUUCGAUUUGAGUCGCAGUGAAAGCAGCAGCAGCGCUCAUGCUAAAAGCGAUGGCCGCGAACAACUCACUGUGACGGAUGCGAAACCCGUGAUAAUGACGGCCACCGAUUUGGCCAAUAAUAAUAAUAGUAAUAAUGGAUCAUCUACCUCUAACCAGCAACAUCAUCAUCAUCCUCCUUCCCAUCAUCAUCACCAGCAGCAACAUACGAACGGAUUGCUAAUUAGUCAGUUGCCUGUUACCAGCAACAAUGUGGUGGAUGAUAACGACGGCAACGGUCGUCGAUCUGCUGACAUGGACUGUGCCGACGUCGAUACAGAUGAGAACGAUGGCACUGAGCAAUCAUUGGCCGAGAUCUUAGAUCCCGAAUUGCAGCCCGAACCGCCCAUACCAAAUAAUCCAGAAUCACAAGCCAUCUAUAGAGCGCAUCGGCAUAUGGCCAAAGAGUAUUUAAGUGUCGAUACGAAUCUGUAUUAUGCUCAGGACUUCAAAGAGAAACUUAUCUUGCAAAUGGAUCGUACGGAAAGGGAACAGAAACAGGAUCUCUUACGUAAAAUUAAAGAUAAGGAGGGCCUGCAAAGUUUGUACAAUAAUCUUCAGCAGCAAUGGGAAAAGCUGCCACCAGCCUCACGUCAGCUAUUAAAUCAACCGCCGUCCAUGCGUCCCUCAGUAGACGGAGUUGGUGGAGUGGGAGGAGGAGCAGCAGCAGCACCACCAAGUGGUGGUGGUGCUGUGGACUCUGUGGAGAAUGAUGGUUGGGUCUUUAUAGCCCCGCAUACCAACACGUAGUUUCGAAGCGACGAUUUUGGCUCCUCUAUAAACUGUAUUUGUGUAAUUUUAAAAUAUAUAUAUACGUAUAUGUAUAUAUAUAUAUAUAAACUGUAUCUAUAAAAGAAAACUGUGCUUAGUUUAGUUUUUAAGUCACUUUGUUGUUCCGUUCAUUCUAUUUACUUGUCCACGUUUGCCUUUUGUUUGUUUAAAUUGUUUUCUCUUCAUUUUCUCUCUCUAUUUUUUUUUUUUUGUAUAGUGUGUUUUAAGUUGCAGACAUUAAUAUUAUAUAUUUUAAGUUUUAACAAUUGUGGACGUACUUUAAAUAGGUUUAUAUAUUAAAACCUUAGACGAUUAAAGCAAAAGAAAACUAAACGUAGCAACAUAAGAAAAAUCAUUACCAAAAAAUA